AUGAAAUGUGCAAACAUUCUGUUGACAAACAAUGGAGGCCUGAAAAUUGCAGAUUUUGGAUUGACAAAUUUACAGAACCUCCUCAAGGCAGGCAGAGGGAUUCCGGCCUGGUCCGCUCCUGAGUUCAUUGAUACGAAAAGACAAGGAGAAUAUGGACUAACUAAAGCUGAUAUAUGGAGCCUUGGCUGCACUGUCUUGGAGAUGUUAACCGAAAAACUUCCAUACUCCGGUUUAGAAACUUGGUCGAUAUGGUAUCGGAUCGGACAAGGAUUUUGGGCAAUGUGUAAAGCAGUACUGUUAUCACAAUAUAAGGGUAUGGGAAGGGGAGAGUUAAUGGAAUCUGGAGAGCUUCUGCUGACAGUGCUUUGUUUCUUUAAUUUCCAAGAGAUCAAAGCAUUUCCAAGAAAGAUACAAUAUCCAGUUGUUGAUUUUCUGGUCAGUGGGCAUGAUGCCCAAUCAGCAUCACAGUAUGCAGUUCACUUGAAAUCAUUGUCAGCAUCACAGUAUGCAGUUAACUUGAAAUCAUUGGUUGCAGGGAAGAACAAGCCUUUUGAAGGAGUACCUUUCAAGUAUUUCAAGACAUGCAAUGCUGCUUUGUAG